CUAUUUAAGGGUAAAGGGAAAGCGAGAAUCGGAUCCCUAAUUUUAUCUGCAGCCCCAUUCUCUCCGGCGUCAGCGUUCCACCUCUACCUCCGGUCUUCUCCGAUCAGGUUUUGAACUCAAGGGAAGAAGAUGCAUCCACCUUUGACUCUACAUAGACACCCUUUAUGUGCUGAUAUAAUUGAAGAGUUUCAGAAAUGCCAUACAGACCACCCACUAGGGAAAUUCCUUGGGCAAUGCACAGAACUGAAAGUAAAGCUUGACCGGUGCUUUAGGCAGGAAAAAGCUAUAAAGAGGAAAGCAAAUUUUGAACAGAGCAAGAAGUUGAAAGAGAGGCUCCACGCUUACAGGAAAGAAACUGCUGACAUGCAAUCUUGAAUCUGAUAAUAGUUAUGUUGACAAGACAUUGUUGUGCAAUAUUUCAACACACGAAGGAAAGCUUAACGACUGGGAUUUAUCAGAGAAAGAUUGGUGAAUAGAAUUGUCAUUCGUCUAUUCUGAUGUUUUCGUCGAUCUCCAUUAUUUAAGUUAGUUAAAGUGAAAUAAGAUGUAUAGACACAAGAAUUGAUAAAUUACAGGAGCAACUUAUCAGACCAUUCAAUUUUGGUGCCUGGAAAAUGUCAAACAUCAAAAUACUGAAAUAAUUGUGUGAACUGAUAGAAUGUUCCUGGUGGGAGGUAGCUAGCCUUUUA